UUGCCGAGGAAGAAAGAUGUUGCUGUUUCUGCUGCUUCUGCAGGGAAUCAUCUGCUGCUGCGCUCAAGUUCCAGGGCCCCCUAUCAUCUAUGUGAACUCCAAUCUAGUCCAAAACCAGACUGAGGUUUCCCUGGCAAGUGGGUCUUCUGUCACCAUCUCGUGUCUGGGCAAUGAAUCAGUCAAAUGGUCCUCCACGGCCAUCCUUCCACUGUACCGGUCUGAGCUUCAGAAUGUUGCCACGGUCCGGAGGUCGAUACCUAAACAUACAGGGACCUAUCGUUGUGGGUACACCAACCAGAGCCUGCAAGACCUCAGCACCUGGGUACACCUGUACAUUAGAGAUCCAAAGUUUGCGUUUGUCACACCUUCCGCCAGCGUCACUGUCAAAGAAGGCCAUGAUGCUCUACUGAGAUGCCUGGUGACUGACCCAGCGGUGAAGAACUUGACUCUCCACUAUCACGGAGACACGGGUCCACAAAGUCUUCCGCCUGGCAUGAACAUGACCCUCGAUCCCAAGAGAGGAGCUCUGAUCCAUCAGGUGCAAAAGAGCUUCAAAGGGUACUAUGUUUGUUCGGGCUGGAAAGACGGGAUGCUGUUCUCAUCUAGCCAUCUGGAGCUCUCAGUGAAACCAAGCCUGUGUCCUCGCCCCACACUCACUGUCACUCAGCUGGAGUAUGUGCAUCUCGAAGGCGAAAGAUUUCAAGUCACCUGCCAGACGGACAACCGCUUACAUUCUUCCAUUGCCGUCUGGACGUACCCAAGUCCUGAGGCUGUGGAGAUCACCAGGAGCCAGCGCUAUAGCAGCCACCUAAACAUCACCGUCACUCUAACUGUGGCGUCUGUCACCAGCCUGCACAGCGGGAAUUACACUUGCAGUGCUGAGAAUGAGUGCGGAGUUGCUACAGCAACUGUGCAGCUUAAAGUCAUUGCUCACCUGUACCUGAGGAUGUACCUGCGGCAGCAUGCUAACACCAGGACAAUUGAAGUUGCAAACAACAGUGAUACUACUGAGAUGAAGGUCCCGCUGGAGGUGAACGGAAGCCGUAAUAUGGGGGAUGCACUGAUCGUGAACAUUAGCAGGAGUCCGCAUAACAACGCUAGCAUUAACGGCAGCAGCAAGGUGGAAGUGUUUGAAGACCGAGAUCUGACAGUGACGUUCAUCAUGGAGGCAUACCCACUCAUCACAUCCCACCGCUGGACGACACCCAACCAUGUCAACAACAACAAGAGCACUGUCUACCAGCAGAGUUACACUGCCAGUGGCUACAGGUCAGAGGCGAGUCUAGUGCUGCGGCGGGUCCGUCAGGAGGAGCGAGGUCGAUACUCGUUCCACUUCUCAAACGCCUUCCUCAGUGGCGUGCAUCACAUUGACCUGCGGAUUUAUCGUUCACCAAAAGCUGACAUCACUGUGGAAAACGACACGUUGACUUGCAGCAGUUUUGGAUAUCCAUCACCCACUGUUCUCUGGUUCACCUGCCCCGGAGUCCAGGAAACGUGUGCAGAUGUACCAGACCGUCAAGUUCCCAGGACCCAUGUGACCUCGAACCAUGAGCAUGACCAUGUGAAGACUCGUCUCUCGCUGCCCGCUGGCGAUGAUGUCACCAUGGAGUGCGUAGCCUACAACGCAGUAGGAGAAUCUCGCGGGGUUUUCGUCCCUCGUAAAACCAACGUUCUCUUCACGCCGGUCCUGAUGGCCGCCGUGAGCUUGGCUGCCAUCUUCCUGCUGCUGCUGUUGGUUGUGUCCUACAAGUGGAAACAGAAACCCAAAUACGAGAUCCGGUGGAAGAUCAUCGAGAGGACUGACGGGAACACCUACACAUUUGUGGACCCCACAGAGCUGCCGUAUAAUGAGAAGUGGGAGUUUCCUAGGGACAAACUCCGACUGGGCGCUGUUUUAGGAUCCGGAGCUUUUGGGAAAGUUGUGGAAGCGACAGCGUACGGGCUCGGGACCAGCACAGCAACCCGAGUAGCUGUGAAGAUGCUGAAACCUAGCGCCCACUCAGAGGAGCGUGAAGCUCUGAUGUCAGAACUGAAGAUUCUUAGUCAUCUGGGUUACCAUGACAACAUCGUCAACCUGCUGGGCGCCUGCACCCAAGGAGGACCCAUGCUGAUGAUCACGGAGUACUGCUGCCAUGGCGACCUCCUCAACUUCCUGCGAGGUCAUGCACGUGACUUUGUGGCCUCGUUCUUGAGAGCGGACGAGGCGGAAGAGCCGACUGGCUACAAAAACAUGGCUACCCAGAUGAUCCGACUCAGAAGUGACAGUGGAAUAUCGUGCUGCUCCGAGUAUCAGGAGAUGCAGCCCAUCCUGGGUCCAUCGUUCAAACAACCGGGUGAUCAGACUGAUUCUCUGUCGGUCACCGACCUUAUGAGGUUCUCCCACCAGGUCGCUCAAGGACUCGACUUCCUCUCCACUCGAAAUUGCAUCCACCGAGACGUGGCGGCGAGGAACGUUCUCCUGACGGACCACCACGUCGCCAAGAUCUGCGACUUCGGCCUGGCAAGGGACAUCCGCAACGACGACAGCUACAUCGUUCAGGGCAACUCACGUCUCCCAGUCAAGUGGAUGGCGCCGGAGAGCAUCUUCCAGUGCAUCUACACUGUACAGAGCGACGUCUGGUCGUACGGCGUCUUGCUGUGGGAGAUUUUCUCCUUAGGAAAGAGCCCAUACCCAAACAUGGCCGUGGACACCAACUUCUACAAGAUGAUCAAAGAUGGCCGCCACAUGGAGCAGCCAGACUUUGCCCCGGCUCAAAUGUACCAGCUUAUGACCCUCUGCUGGAGUUCAGAACCAACAGACAGACCCACGUUCCAAAUGAUUGGCCAGCUCAUUGACAGGCUCCUCCCCUCCACCAGUGACACGUCACCACGUCAACAACACCAGGCGACAUACAAGAACAUCGAUGAGUGCAGAGAAGAAGAGGAGCAGGAGGACGUCCGAGGUCAGGAGCCUGUCAAAGACUGCCACGAUGAAGAUGAGGUCGAGGCGCCGGACAGAGCAACGAGCAGGAAGAACAUCUACCAGCUGUCGUGAUGGAAUAGUUCUCUUAUCUGUACUAACAAACCAGUGACCACAUGACAGGUCAGCGUCUCUGUCACGCUCUCAACUGUAGGCUGCCAAUCCGGAUCUGUACCACUUUUGUCAAACUCUGACCUUGUCAGGUCAUGCUGAACAGGAUCUUUCAACAUAUGUGGCCAAGUUUUUUUGAGUCUCAUCUCUCAUGUGAUCCAGAUGAGGCAGAGCCCUUUAGGCUAAGGUCCUCACACCUUUGAGGUCUGGCCCCCAAAAAACUCAAUUCUGGGGUCCAUUGUAUUGUUCUCUGAAAGUGAAAACAACUAAUCUGUGUGUACGUGUGUGUGUGUGUGUAGAUGGAUUUGUUUUUUGUUUAACAUUUUUUUCAUGCGAUUUCCUUUUUUUGCAACUUUUGAUCACGUUAUUAUGACCUGAUAGCUUGUGAUCGAGACUCCAAACCGCUGAGUUUUUAGGAGUCAUUCACAAAGCUCUUCAACUGGUGCUGCUGAACUUCCAAGAACUUCCAACUUCCAGAAACAGGAUGAGGAUUCGGUCUGCAGGGGGCAGCACAGGUCUUGUCCGAAUUUGUUUUUAAGAGAUGCACAUUGUUCAAAACUGCAGAAUCUAAAGGUCAGUCAAAUAAAACAGCCUUGUUGUAAAAAAAAAAAAAAGUAUCUUUAUGAUGUUUUGUUGAGUCAAAAGUCCAAAUAAGGGAGCAGUCGUGCUUCUGUCACAUAAUGGAGAUGAAUGAACCAUUAAUGUUCAGAUAAGACGCUACUCGAG